CAUUUAGUAAUGUCAUAUACUGACGAAAAGAAGGGCUCGAAGCGGGAUAUUUUCAUAUCUCUAUAAACACCAAUUUUACCGGGAGUAAUCGAUUUUUUUUUCAUUGCUAAUAUAUAGUCGUUUUAUAGAAUUCGUAAACUCCUCCCAUGCUCUGAAUUGUUUGCAAUAGUUCAGUGCCAAUAAAGCACUUAUGGAAAUGACAGCUGCUUCUCAUGUUAUUUUAGUCGCUAUUUCAGCUGUUUGUUCGUUAUUCUCAACACUUUUAAUAUCUUAAGAGGUAAUAUUAAUACGCUAUCAUCAUGAAAGCUAAAAAAGAAAUCCCUUUCCCUCUAUUCAUGUUAACCAUGCUUCUCGUUAUCAUGGAAUCAACAACUGCAGAUGAAGGGGAUGCAAUGAGCAACACCAACUAUUUUGUGAAAGCAGCGUUAGUUGGUGAAAAAGGACACGUGGAAUUAGAUUUCUUUCGAGAUGCUGCCGAAAUUUUGCUCAGAAACACGACAGAAUAUGAAGAGCAAGAAAACUGUACUAUUCAAUUUAUACCUUUGGAAUUUGAUUUGAAUAACGCCUCCAAUGUACUACAGAAUCUUACACAUGCACAUAGACUCUUCAAGCAGAGCGAAGUGGAUGUUGCCAUAGGUCCAUUUAUUGACCAUUUCACUUCACCAAACUACGUUAUUAUGGAACCAACAUGUCAUUAUUUAACAACAUCAUCAGCUUAUGUUCGCAAAUCCGAAAACAAAGACCGCAUCCGUACAUUACUUCCGGAUUUAGAAGAUUUUUCGACCGCAGUGGCCAAAGUGAUGGAGAAACUUGGAUGGAAACAAGUUGUCUUUUUGUCCGAUGAUGACUUUUCACCUAUUUUAAAGCUUCGGGAAUCGAAUAUAUUGGUGAAUCCAAUUUUGUUACCAUCAAUGCAUCAUCUGGGCAGUGGCCAUGAUCCACUUUAUGAAACACUUCGUACGUUAAGAAGUUCGGAAUGGCCUAAUUUUGUGUUGCAUUCUAGCAAUUUAGGUAUUGUCAGGAAAGUGUUGAAAAAGGCGAAAGACAUGCAUCUUUUAUUCGGAGAACUCAAUUGGUUUGUAACAUAUCUGAAUUUUCGUGCCCUUGAAAGUACGAUUUCUGAUAAAUCUUUGACCAAUAUUUAUGGAUUGGAACUAGUCAAUGAAUCGAUGAUUCCAAAAGAAAUAAUCUCAAACCACUCUGAAAAAUCAAUAUUAGAUAUUGCUGUGACAGUAGAUUUAAUUAACAUACUUUUACACAUCAGUGGUAGAAAAUGUCAGACCAAGCCAGAACCUGAAAAGUUUAACAAAAUGGAAGUUCCUUAUGUAGGAGCCCUUGGUUAUUAUUUUCUUCAGAAUGACAGACGUACCAAUUACGUCAUUAAAAUCCAAACUCCCAAAGAACUGGUUGGUAGUAUUAAUGUAACAGACACUGGAGUUUCAGUAGAAGUUCAAACGCGAGAGAAGAAAGACGGUAUUUCACCUUUUGGAAAAAAUGAAACUCUUCGUAUAGUCAUGGGCGAGGCUUUGCCGUUUAUCAAGUAUGACUCUAACACAAAGAAAUUCAGUGGAUUUUGUUACGAUAUACUUCAAAAGCUUUCCACUAUUUUAAACUUUAAAUACGAAAUUCAAUUUGUUAAUCGAGACGAAGAAAACCAGCAAAGCUAUAACACCAAUCCAUCCGUAGAUUUUCUAAUUGACCAACUUGUAUCAGGGAAUGCUUCAAUGGCAAUCGGCGCCAUACCAAUGUCAUCUAAGAAAGAAAUGAUUGUUUCGUCAUCUUAUAGUAUUCUAACUUCGAAAACAAGCAUUUUAAUUCAUCGUCCAAAGAGUGAGCCGCAAUUCUUCCAGUUUCUCUCUCCAUUUUCCGAGAAUCUGUGGUAUUCUCUUGUACUAUUUAUGUUAGUUGUCACUUUCGCGUUGUUUCUUAUGUCUCGGUACGAUCAAACGCAAGAAAAGACGAAUUUUAAUUUGAAAGAAAGUUUAUGGUAUUCCUUAAAUGUUUUACUGAACAAUGGAACUGAAUAUUCUCCACAGACAACAUCGACACGCACCAUCAUAGCGUUUUACUGGUUUUGUAUUCUUAUUAUAAAUGCUGCUUAUACAGCGAACCUAACAGCUUUCCUGACAAAACAACGGUCCGACCAGAGCAUCAAAACUAUUAGACAACUAGUUGAUCAAUCACAGUACGAAUAUGGAAUCCUAAAUGACAGUGAUCUCAAAGAAUUCUUCCAAACGAGUCAGAAGGAUCCAUAUGAGAGAAUGUGGCUCCAGAUGCAAAGUGAUGAGUUAAUAAUUGACCAAAUAGAGAAUGCAAUUGACAAAGUUCGUAAAAAUAAUUUUGCCUUAAUAAAUGACCAAAUUGUCAAUGAGUACUAUGCUGGAAAAAAUUGUGAACUAGAAUCCCACACGCAACCCAUAGAAGAAAAAUCAUAUGCUUUUGCCUUCCCCAAAGGCGCUCCUUAUCGUGACGAAAUUAAUCGAGUGUUGUUAGAAUUGAAAGAAAACGGUACCUUGGAUAAAAUAAAAAACGACUGGCUGUUUGGAAAAUGUGGUGAUCAGAACAUAAAAGAUCGAAAGAAGGAGAAGGAGAACUCGGCAUUAAAAUUUGAAGAUAUGAUGGGUUUAUUUAUUGUCAUGGCAGCAAGUGCAGCGAUUGCAGUUCUCUUUGAAAUACUGCGGCAAAUUCACAUCUACAUUCAGACACACUGCAAGACUAAACCAAACUUUUACCAGAGAGAGGUAAAGGAAAAGGAGUUAGAAAUCAACGAGGAAAGAUUCUUAUAAUUUGGUAACUAGACAUCUCAGUUGGAACCAAUAAAAGCAAACAGUGAAAAUUGCUUCAGAAAAAACAAUAAAUAUAAUCUCUUCAUUUCACCGAUGUUAUAUUUAAUAUGGUGCAAAUAUUGAUGGAAUUAAAAAAACAGAUAUUCUGUCUGAUUCAUGUUUGGCUAAUAAAUAUCACUAAGCAGUCUAAUGGGGUGAAAAUUAUAUCGCUACUUUCAAAGAUGUAA